GGGCGAUUGUGGUUUUUAAACUUAACGUUAAUGCAAUACGAACAAUGAUUCCAAUCUUCAAUCAAAUGGAAGAAUCAGCUUCACACAGUAAUAUUCUCUUGCCGACCGCCCUUAAUUUUGAAGAUGAGUCACCAUUUGUGAGCAUAAAUGCGGAUAGACUUAGUGUGAAAUAUAUAGGUGAAUGA